GAUUUGUCAAAACAAUAUGAAGAAAUCAAGAAUGAUUUUAAAAGUUUACAAGAAAAUUAUGUGGAAAUUAAGAAUGAUUUUAAAAGUUUACAAGAAAAUUAUGUGGAAUUAAAAAAUCAAUUGGAUGCUAAUAAUAAAUUUAUGAUUUAUCGAUUGAAAGAAAAUAAUGAAUAUCUCAUUGAAAAACUUACAAAUAAAACUUAA